GAGGUACUGGGCUGGCUCCCAGCCAGUGGUAGGAGCUGAUGGGUGGAACGAAAGGGGCAUAAAAAGACUAAUAUGACUAACGGAUCCUGGAUGCGUGGUACCCUUAUUUGGAUCUACAGGAAUGUAAGCUCUAGCAGCUCUGCAGCUCUGCCAGCCUUUUGCCUGACACUGGAGCUGCUGCUCACAAAGUAGAAUCCUGCUGCUCUGUGGUAGGAAGGAUAGAGAAAGAACAUGGCCUGCAUUUUGAAGAGAAAGUCCGUUGUUGCUGUGAGUUUCAUUGCGGCGUUCCUCUGUCUGAUCAUCGUUCGUCUCACAAAUGAAGUAACUUUCCCUUUGAUCCUAAACUGCUUUGGACAAACCAGUGUCAAAUGGAUCCCAUUUUCUUAUGGCCAAAGGCAGCCUCUGAGAACUCACUACGGAUACAUAAAUGUGAAGACACAAGAGCCUCUACAACUUGACUGUGACCUCUGUGCCAUUGUUUCAAACUCGGGACAGAUGGCUGGCCAGAAGGUGGGAGCUGAGAUAGACAAGUCCUCCUGCAUAUGGAGGAUGAACAAUGCUCCCACCAAGGGCUAUGAGGAGGAUGUUGGGAAGAGGACAACCGUAAGAGUGGUCUCUCACACAAGCGUGCCUCUCCUACUCAAGAAUCCUGAAUACUUCUUCAAAGAAACCAACAACACUGUUUAUGUGAUCUGGGGACCUUUUAGAAACAUGAGGAAGGAUGGAAAUGGCAUCGUGUACAACAUGCUAAAGAGAACUGUGGAGAGCUACCCAACUGCCCAAAUCUACGUGACAACAGAGAAGCGCAUGAGUUACUGUGAUGCGGUGUUUAAGAAGGAGACGGGAAAAGACCGGGCUAAACUACGUGAGAUACUGAAUGUCUCUGCUGAGGAGCUGCCUACCCUCACGGACACGAGCAGUUUGAUGUAUCCCAGGAGAUGAUUUGCACCUCUUGGGACUGGUGAAACAAGAAACUCGGAGAUCAGGCGGUGACUGGUUACAGUGAAUUCUUUCCAGAAAGAUUUUCUUCAUGGAGUGAGGGGAAAGAUUUUGGUCUGGAUGGUCUCCACGAAGAGGCAAACUUGCCUUUCUGAGCCACACUGCUGACCUGCAGGAGAGAACUUUGCCCCUCUGCUCUCCCCUGAAAAUCCGAGAUGCUGUUCACAUUCUGUAUCCUCUGGACCAGUCAAUCUGCAAACAAACCGGCAGCUGCAGCCCAGCAAUGAGCCAGGGAUUUUACCAUAAAAAAGAAAUUAAACUGGCGUCUUGCUCACCUGCAUUUGAUUUUUGAAGUAAAUACACUCGAGAUGUUUCCCAUUUAGUACUAUUGAGAGGGUAGUUUCUUGACACCAUUUCGUAUAAAGCAAUCAGGAAUGUGGACUCAGGCAGCUGUAUAUAUAACAGCACUGUGCUUGUCAGAAUCUUCUUUAUUAAGUUUGAGUCGGUAAAGGAAAUAGAUCUAUUUUUUUUCUUUAAGCUUUAAUGUGUUUUUGUUUUGAACUUGUCAUUUUGAUUUGCCUGUGAGCUUUGUUUUGAUUUUCCUUGAAGAUUUCUGGUAACAAUAAUUGUGUGCAACAGGAAGAUUCAUGUGAACUGACUUCCAUUUUAGACUUCAAUUCCUAUAAAAUGAACGGGGAUUGCAAUGUGGAUGUGAGCAGAGAGGACUGAUGCUUCUUGCAAUGCACUUCUGCCCCAACUGUAAAUAUAUUUUCAUGAUUAAUAAAAGGAGAGUACAAGUCAUUGUACUCUGUUAGGGUUUUAUUGAUGACUGCUCCCCAGAAUACUGAAAAGAUGCUAUCAAUACUCUUGACACUCUGCUUAAUCAAGAUGUGACCCUCCAGUGCAACCAGACAGUGUGCUUGCUUCAGCUAUAGAACAAUGCUACCGGUUAAGGGGAGGGCUGGUUGUUGCUAUUUUUUGUUAAGGUUUCUUUGGAAAUUUUACUGAAAUGUAAUCAGUGCCAUUAAAUAAUAUUUAAUGCCACUAAAGUACUGUUGGACACAAAUAGGAAAUCGAUCAGCUUGUUCUCUAGUUCAGUGGCCUUCAGCCGUGUGAACUGCAUAGGUACCUCAGCGGAACGGCUGCACCUUGCACAGCAGACAAAAUCAGAUCAAUAAUAGUAUGUUAGGUUUAGUUUUUAAAAUUGCUCUUGCUUGGAAUGUGCCAACAGGCACAUUCAAUAUCGGGUAUCUGAGCUUGGAACAAGAACUUUUCAAGUUCACCCUUAAUGUUUGCAACUUGCUAAGUAUUUUUGUUCCGUAGGUGCUGCACAUCAAAAGCCAAAAUGAUAAGAGUGGAGGUUCCCCUGGGCAGGCUGGAAAGACUGUGCUUACUGUCAAAUAUACAGCAUGAUCUUAGCCCGGUGGUGGAAUUAGUUAGGCAUGCUCCUUGAUGUGCUUUAAAGUUUGAACAGUAGGUAACCUUCAUUAGUUCGGUGCAUUCGGCCCCAUUUGUGUGCAAAGAUGCGUUGGUAAAGGGCGCCCUAAGAAAUAUUGUGGCCAUUGAGAUAAGUUGGGAGUCAAACCACACUCUUGUCUCUGUUACAGCCAGUCCCUGGUGGGUUAAUGGAGUAAGAUAGUUGCCUCUGAAGGAUUUAAGAUGAUCCCAUUAACUGCAGUGGAUAUUUGUUCACGUUCCCUACCUGCGAGGGCAGGGGAAAGGGAUUACAAUCAGUAGCCGCUGGCAAAGGAGAGCUCUGCUGACUGUUAGUAAUGUCUUCAUAGGACUGGGGAAAACUGAGCAAUUCUGUAAAAUUUCAAAAAUCCCUGAGCAAACACUUGCGUCUUCCUUCAAAAAGUCUGCGUGAGGUGAGUUUUCACAUGAACUCAACUAUUUCAAACACUCCCGCUGGCGCUGGCCACAACGCAUUUGAUGAUUCCUUGCAGCUGUUUCAUUCCAACAUAAUUGCCUUUGAGAUUUCCUUCCUAAUUUUUCUGUGUAAGACUCACUAAGCUAUGUAGAUAAGAAGCAAUCUAUAUGUUCUGCGUUUAGGAGUAAAUCAAAGAAUAUCACGCAGAUGGACAACAGCAAGCAAAAGACUCAGUUCUUGUAAUUUAAAAUACAUUGCAAUGUGAAUCCCACUGAGCUGAAAUCACUCAUUUCCAAGAAUUUCCUGGGGCAAGGAAGCAUGAGGUCACUUUAUGCUGCACCAGUCACAUCCGUCUACAAAUUAAAAUCUAAUGAAACGUAUUUGAAACAAUUACACACACCUUUUUUGAGUUCUUCACGAUACUUGUAUAUAAGCCAUCCAACAACUAGCAAUUGUUGCUGACAUAUAUGAUAAUAGUUAAGCAUGGUGCUACAUAAUUGUGCUGAAAAUGCGGUUUUCCUCUCUGAUCACACAAAGAUGGCUUAAUGAACUUUCUGUCAUCUAUCGGUGACAGAUGGAAGGAAUUACUAAGUCCGUCCCCUUUGGAUGUCAUUCCCCUUGAUGUUGAAUCCUCCUUUGCCCUAUGUGUGCUUUAAAACCUUGCCUUACCAACAGCGCUGAUUGUAAUUGUCUUUUUCAAAUUGAUCCUAAAUCCUAAACGACACUUUAAAAUAUUCUUGCCAGGGCCUUUGAGCACUCACCCUGUUGGAACAGAGCCAUGGGCUAUACAAACCAUUCUAUUAGACAUCUGGUCACUGGCAGGUAGAGUUGGGAAGUGUUGAAUAUGAUUAAAAAAAAUAAAAGAAGAAGAAAAAGAGGGAAGGAAGGAAGGAAUGAUGGAAGCUCAGAUCAAAAUGAGAAGGAUCAUGUUAGUGAAGAGGAAGAAGUGAAUACCUCGCAUCCCCAGCUCAGCCAUAUCUAAUCUCUGCACUCCUCUAAAGAAAAGCAAGAUGUGCGCGGCGUGCAGCUGGAAGAGCUAUUCAAACCAUGCCGUGUGAGCACGUUGCUCUGUUUUGUGAAUUUAGCUCCUCACACCAUCUCCAUCCCAGCAUGAGAGAAGUCUGUAAGCUCAGUGCAAUCGUAUCAUAAUUUGGAUCUCUACAGGAGGCUGAACUCGCAUCACCAGAAUGCAUCAAGCCAAUGGCUGUGUCAGUGCACAGUUACGUACACACACAACAGUUCCGGGCCCAUGGUGACAUUUUUCAAACUAAUAUAUUGACAGGAGUGCCAGGAUAUUUUUUAAACAUAUCCAGGAGGAAAAAGAGCAUUACAAUGAGGAAGAAAACCUGGCAGAAUGCUGACACCCAGGUACAUUACUUAGUGUGCAGUUGCAUUAAUGAACCAUUACUUCAAAUCCCGGGUUUGCCAAUAGUGUCACUGUUCGUUUAUCAAGGCACAAUCAUCCUGGAUGUGAACAGAAUGCCUGUAUAAUAGAUAACUUCUCAAUCCUCCCAUACCAUACAUUUCCUUGAGCACAUUACAAAAGAUUUAUUUUUAAAUUGGAUUUUUUUUUUUCUUUUACAGCUGGACAGAAUGAGACUGUUUGUUGAACAAAUGAUGUUAAAAUCCCCAAGGGUCUGACUUACUUCAGUAGCAACCAAGACUACUGCUUGAGCCAGCUGAUGCUCUUUUAAUGAGCGCUGCUUGUCAGAGGAUCAUAUCUGCAAGCUGCUGUAUAAAAUAACCGUUUUCCAUGAGUUCAUAAAGCAGUCUCCCUUUUGAAAUGGAUGAGGUGUUGUACCAAUCUCAGCAGCACAAAACAGACACUUGUUUGAACUGGAAGAGGGGGGAAAAACAACCCAAAGCACAUGACAGGGGUUUUGUUGUUGUUGUUUUUUGGUUGUUUGGUUGGGGGGUUUUUAUUUGUUUUGUUUGGUUUUUUUUUCAUUGUUGUUGUUUUCCCUUUCUAUGACAGUUUUGUGCUUGUACACAGCAAGCUCAAUGGAUUCAAGAAGAAAAAUUCUGAAAUAUGAGCUUCAAAAUGAAUUUCAGCUUUGACCUGAGCGAAUUAAUAGAAGCAUGACAGGUCGCUUACUUAGCAAACUGGGUGGACAAUAGGAUAAAGCCUUUUCAUGUGACAAGACAUCCCCAAAAGGUCUCUCUUUAUGCCUCGUAAGGUUUCUCAAGGUAAAUCAAGAAGAGAUUCUCAGAUAAAUCAAAAUGACAAGUUCAAAAGAAAACACACAAGUGCUUUUUUUAAAGGGAGAUCUUCCUAAUACCAAGGCCAAGCUUAUUAAUGUUGCCUUCUGUCAAGUACAACCAUGUCAGGAUUUUGCUGAAUCUAUGGACCUGAUUGCUUUAAAAUAAAAUUGUAUCAUGUAACUCUUGUCCUAAUACUGCUACCAAUGGAUUCAAAGCUAAGAUCAUGCAGUAAAAGAACAGUAUUUCGUAGCCCUGCCAUCAACCUGCUCUUUUUAAUAUAUGUGUUCUUUAUGACUGCAGGUCAGGCUAUACCCUUGAAUAUCACAUUCCUCACCAGAAACAGCAAUGAGUAAUUGGGUUCUGUGGGGUUUAAUGUGCAAUACUGAGUCAUUUUGGUUAGACCCACAUUUUAUCACUUGUCCUAUUAACACCAACGAUUUUUUUAAACUACAAUAUUCUAUACAUUUGGUUUUAAUAUGAAUUAAGGAAAUUAGGUUCUAACGUACUCAAGUGCCUUAGGGUUUUUUGUCCCAUGCUUGUCGAAACAGCCUCAGUUCCUGAUAAAAUUCAGAUUACACUUGUGUACAAACUAACUCUGUCCUAUGAAAAUGAGCCACUGAAGUUAAUUCAGAUUUGUUCAGAGCCUUGAACUAUGCAAGUAAUGAAUCUUUCAGACAGUUAAUUCAAGCAGAAAAGAAAUAGAAUCCACUAAAAUGUUACUACUGCUUGGAUUGGAUCGGUCUGAAGAUGCAAGCCUUAGUGGAUGAGAUCUGCAAAUCCUGACUUUGACCACAGCAAAGAGAGAGGUGAUGCUUUGGUCUUUGUUUAUUCAAUGAAAUAACUACCCUAGCUUACUUUCUGACCAGAAACAUAAAUAUAUAAUUCUAUUUUGCUCUCAAAGUCGUUUUUGCAUUUUGUAAACUUUUCUCCAUUUUGCAGAUCUUACAUCCAGGCCGACAAAAUCAUGAAGUGGGAAUAAUGAUUUCUUGCACAGAAAAAUGUGUAUGUUAGAGAUGUUGCUUGAAUGUUUCACCUCUAUUAACCUCACUUCCAAACCAGCAGAGAAGUGGGAAUAUUUACUUAUCAUACUAAUUCAAACCAAGAUGCUUUUGCUGUGAGCAAAAAAGCUCCUGAACUUUGUUUGCAAGGGUAAAAUCUUGUGUGGUUUGCGGCAUGUAUUACCCUCACUGUCGUUUUUAAAUUAUUUAGUGUUCUUAAUAUUGGGCAGAUAGUAAGAAGCACUCUCUCUGGUAUUUAACUUUUCACUUCAAAACUAGUUAAACUUUAAUUCUUGUCUGUGCAUCUCCAGUUGUCACAGAUGUUAUGAUGCAGGCUCUAUAUAUGAUAUUUAGAAUGCCGCUUCUCUUUAGCAUUCCAGGUUACACAGAAAACAGCCUCCAGCAUGUUAACUACCUGCUUCACCUGAAGUAAAACAGGAAAGCAUUUUAAAAGAUAAGUUUUCCCUUGUCACCUUUCCUGCUUGCACUGUAGAUUAUAAGAGCCUCUUCCCCCUCAUGUGUAAGCAGAGGCAGAUAUAGAGAAAAAUGUGUUCUUUAAACCAUGGGAACAUUUUUCUUUGCUGUUCUAUUAAUAUCCGACUGAAAUAAAAAAGGAAAAAUUCUGAAUAAAUGACUACAGGCUUCUUAAAAUCUGUUAAAUGAUUUUUUAAACAGGACUUUGGCUAACAAAAAUGGGAUCUGAACAUGUGUGUAAUGGAGCCAGACUCGCAGAGGAAAAUGAGAAUUUCUUAUGUCUGGCACCUGUCAGGUUUCUUUAAGAGUCUAAAUGCAUGUGUUAUCACUAGUAACCAGCCUUCCUCCCAAACAGACCAAUGAAAGCCUAAGUUUCAGAAGUAAAUCUUAGAGUCCUUUCGUAGUCAAGUUUCCAGACGUGAUCCUGUGUUAACCAAGAGAGGCCAUUAUCAGCUAGAUUUGUUUGCACCAAGUGUAGCUUUGAAGUAUAGUAGUGGUAAAAAAUCAGAUAGAAUCUCUCUUCCAACACAGAACAAAGGGUGAUAACAGCAUCGGGAGUAGUACUCAUCCUAAAACUUGUCUCUCUGCUGCAGUGGUUUUACACCAGGAGUUUAGAGACGAUACUCGUAGCCUCACAGUUGCGUUUCUGCUGAAACCUACAGUAAGCGGCGUUGAGAGCAGGUAGUCAUCAUAUUGCCCCAUAUAUCAUGAUUAGUCCAGGACAAAGAACAGAUGGCAUGAGAAGGAGAUGGAUUCUGUGAAUAUGGAGUGGGUGGCAAUUGUAGCUGGUCCAAGCUCUGAGACCUGGGAGACUGGUAUUGGUAAAUAGUGAUAAAUGGGAAGAGGUUGUUUCCUGGGUAUUACGAGCUACAGGAAGACAGAAUGGAGUUGUCAGCUAUCUGACAACUAAUUUUUAUACAUGAGGGUUUUUUAUGGCUGCUUUUAUUCUGUGAUGUGUUGUUUCAUUUGUUUGUUUGCUGCCAGGCAUUCACUGUGAGAUUUUGGGAUUCCCUGCUUUGUGUGGAAAAAACUUGUGAGACCAACCAAGGAAGCUGUGGUUUCACACUUAGAGGAGACGAAUUCACAACUGGUAGUGAAUGCUUAAGCCCUGUUUAUUGGGUAAAUGUGCAUGAGCAAAUACAUUUGACUUGCCUUUGAGUUUUGGUGCUUCCUUUUCCGCUCUGGAGUUACUGUAUCGGGAAAACGUGUGCUGUGAAAGCCAGACAGAAGAGGAAAAUACUCCAAAAGAAGUUGAACUAUUAGUCUCCUGAGACACCCAGUCUAUAGGUUUCUUGGGCUUAUGAAAGACAUGUCAGUCACACCUCCAUUCGGGAUCAAGUCUGGCCUUUUUCUGAGACUUAGUGUCAUAGGCAGCAAGUAAUAACUCUACAGUACAGAGAUGUCAUGUUUCAAUGGAGAUGCCAAGGUGUAAGCAUGGAUUAGUUCAGCUGACCUUCUCUUGGCACAUGCCUUCAGAAGGUACAAAAUCACUCAGCAAAACUCCUGGGGAAACAUCCAGGAUUUUAAGGAUUUUAUUCCUCUGCCCUUACAAAUUAAUGAAUUAAUUGCUGGUUUUCAUCCCUCUAAUCACUCAUUUUUAUUCGAGAAGAAACCAGAAGGGUAAUGUUGUACAGGUAGAUUAGAAACCUUUAACUAGAUUGUUUUCUUGCUGUUUUCUUAGGAGAGUUUAUGUCUGUGCCUUAUACAUAUUUUAGAGUAUAAUAGUAAUAGAGUUUCAGAAGAUUUUUACUUAUCCUUGCAGGAAAAAGAAAAUGGGUUUCACAGUUCCUCUCAGGAAAGCUAUAAAAUCAUUUCUGCUUCAUAUGAAAGAAAUAUUUGCAGUAUUUACAAUACUUGCAUUGGUUGUUGUUCUUUUCUGAAUAAUUCCUGUCUUCUGUUAGAACUUGGAAAAAGGCUAUCACUUCAUUUUUUCUUUCAGCGAGACUUCAUUUAUUUCAGGUGAGGCUCAGGCUCAUUCAUAGACACCAUAUAGGUUAAAAUUAAGAUACUGCGUCUGAAUGGAUGAUGUAUAAAUUCUGCAAUGAAAAAUAUUUCUUUUCCUUGGGCUUCAAAGCUGAUUGCUUGCCCUUUCCAGAGCACUUCAUUUACAUUUCUGAAGAUUUAUUCAAGCUUUAUUGAAAAGGACAUUUUGGAAAAGGCGGAGAACAAGAAAUACAAAACCACCAGGAACAUCAGGUCAAUUGAUUUGAAGGGAUUCUGCAUCAUUUUGGGAGAUCGGGUUGAACAAUGUCUGUCUCUUUUCUAUUUCUUCUUUGUAGGAGCCUGGAUUCUGUGGCAUGGCAGUCAUUUUGAUGUCUGUUUUGUAGCACAGUUGUACUCGUUAGUGGGAGGAAUGUGCAGGGUUGGCUGAGAAAACAAAUCUCUGUGGGAAUUUGAGCCAAAGAAGGAUGGCACUCUGGGAAAUAAGCUACCCCAUAUUUCAAACCUGUGUUUAGUGAAAGGACAGUCUGCACAGCAAGGCACAAUGAAAGAGGAUUUACUGGGGCUUAAUCUUGUUUGAAAUUCUGUACUUUGAAAAGUUCCCUACCCAUUCAAGCCAGGAUGAAGGGUUUUCUUUGCAGGCAGAACCUAAACAUACAUCCCACUUAUUUAUGAUAAACUGUGGAAUAUGUUUUUCCUAAUCUGGCAUCAGCAGGUUUAUCGGGUCUGCUUGAGAUUCAGGGGCAGAAGCAAACAGGGAUUUUCACUUUUUAAAUGGGGCUCCAGGUGCUUUUCCGUCACAAUUGCAUGGUUACCGGCACAUUGCCCACCGGUAAGGGAGAUAUUCAAGAACUGCUGGGACAAAUAAUAUACAGGUGCUCAUGUUGCAAAUGCCUACAUACCCUUGUGGGAUGUGCCGUAUUAACUGUUGCUUCGUGCAACUUGUUUUUGCCAAGCACAUUGCCUUCCUGUCGCCCUGUAGUCUACUAUGUGUUAUUAAUGCAAUUGAUUGAGAAUUAGAUUUAUGGUUUUUAUUAUUUGCUGCUUACUCUGGGCUCUGCCCCAUGACUCUGAAGACAAUGAGAGCACUGCUGGUGGUUUCAAUGGGAGCAAGAGCAAGCUGUUUGGACAUCUCAGACAGCUUCUGUCUGCUUCAGUUAACAAGUCAGAAUACCUACUUAAUUUACAGGUGUGCUAAUAGAUUAAUUCAUUUUGCUUUCAGGAAGUACUUUGAACAGAAACCGAAAGAUUGAUAUUUAUUUUGGAGCACUCCAAAAUGUGAAGGCAACUUAAUAAUUCAGUACAACUUUGUGCAAAUGCUGAUUUCAAGCACUUGGGCAGCUGAGGCCAUCAAUCCAUGAAGUCAUUUAGAUAGGAGCACAGUACAGUGUGAUGUCAAACCCCAAACCAAAAGACAUCACAAAGAACAUAAAUGAUUUUACACCUUCACUUUUCAUGGCAUUGUGGAAAAAAUAUCGUUUGAAUUGAAACUUUUUGUUUUAGCAAAUAGGAGUAAAGCAAAAGAUCGUUUUCUAGAAAGUGCAUUAAACUCAUCUUCUACCUGCUUCUACUGAACGAAAAUCCAUAGUAAUAUAAGCCUCCACCUAACCGCUCUGUCAAAUAUGUUUUCUGCCUACCCUCAUGAUUAUUUUUGAACAAAGUUAAACGCCUAAGGCAAAGUACUGAAAAUCUCUCAGCAUUAUUUGCUUAAGGAGGAGUGCUUUACUAGUGGUCUUGUCUCAAGUUGGCAAUAUUCUGGUUUUGUUGUAUAAUAUUUGAAUUGUGAGGGUUUAUAACCACUGUUCAGGUAAAUAACAACGUGGUGCCAGGUAAAAGAUACAAAGAGGUGAAUUGAAUUACAUUUAAUCAUAGCUGUGUCUGCUAUUCAGGCUCCUGGAGUGGACUCCUGGAGUGGCAAAGCAAUUACCAUUACAAUGAUGAUCUUUAUAUGUGGAUACUAGGCAUACUUCAAGCCAGGCUUGAAAAAGAUGUUGUUCCAAUAACGGUCUUUGCAGGUCCAAAGUCUUUUUGAAGGUAUUUGCUUGCCCAUGAUCAAAAUAUCAGAUAUUUUGUUCUCCUUAGAUGCAUUUGUUUUCCCAAUUUCCUAUCAGUAGAAAAUUCUAGGAAGCUGCUCUAUCAAAACUCAUGAAUGCACAUUUCCAGAGGGUCAAGGCACAUGUUCCUGGCUGGACUGGUGUGAGACAGAGCCACUUCCUAACCGCCCAGCGUAGUCAGCUACCUGCUGUCGUGCUUCCCAUGGGUGCAAGUCGGUCUAGUCUGGUUAUUUUACAUGAAGCAAGUUAGAGACCUGCAUCAUGUGCUACCAGAACUGUGGGAUCCGUAACCUCCAGUUGUUUGGUGGUGAGAAACAGUUGGAUCGGUAACAUCAUCAACCACACAGCUUGAUUGCGCUGUGUCUGACAGGCUGCUGAGCAUGACUGAGGGUGGUACUUGAGCUCACAAUAGAUUUAACUGAGCUGUAUGGGUCUGGCUUUGUCCGCCCGAGUCUUAACUUUUCUGCUUGUUGGUGAUAUCUGCCCUUGCAUACCUUGCAUAACACUGUGAGGUCUCAUUUACUUGCAGUAUUAAACUGCUUAGAAAGGAGAAUGUCACCAAUGUAUAUUUCAGUUCUGGACCGCAGUGUAAAAUGCAUUUUUCCCAUGGUUAAUUUUCACACAUUCGUGCAAUACAGAAGUGUCUUUCAUGCAGUUCGUGCACUAGUGAAAUAAGUUACCAAAAGGAGAUAAUUUUGUAUUUCCUAUGCCUUCAUCCCAGACUCUUUCCUUAAAGAGAAACUCAGAAAUCUUCAUGGGAGAAAUUAGGUUUGUUUUAUGUGUUCAUUUACCGUGGUAUUUGAGGACUGAGUGAGAUAAUAUCUAGCAUCUUUUCGAACACUGCUCUGUGCAAAACACUUCCACUCCAGCUGCUUCUUACAGCCUCUAUAAACUCUGUUUAUAUGUUAUGGAGUCUGUCUAGCCUGCAUUGUAGUUUGCAAGUUAGAAACAGGCAACUCAUUCCACAGUGUGUGAAAACAAGCAUCCUUUCAAACUAAUCCUUUGCAAGCACUUAAAGAAACCAAAUAAAAAUACAAAGGUAAAACAAGAGCAAAGUGUCAUUCAAGGCCCAGAGGAGAAGUGACAGUUCACUAAUUGAGGAGCAGCUCUCUGGUUAGGCUUGUACAAGUAAAUGGUAAACCUGAAUGAUCUCAGCUGAAGAUGUUCUCUCUUCUUCCUCCACCUGUGUUGUUGUUCUCAGGUACCUACAAAAGCUUUUGCUCUUUAACAAUUGCUGAAAUUUAUUGUCUGAGUCAUUUUAAGGAAUGGCCUUCAUAAAGUAGUUCAAUUUAUAUUCCUUCCCCCUACCAGUAAAUUUUUAUUUCUUAAAUCCUCCUAGGAAUGAAUGGAGGGUAAACAAAGUCCUAAUAACACCAUUGAAAUCAUUCAACAUUUACAAAGAGUGAAGAGCUUUGUUUUGUAAGCAUGAGGAAUACCUGUGGUAGACCUAAGUGCAAUGCAUGUCUGUGGUACCAGAAAAUCGGUUAGCUUGAUCUGUGCAUAUCUGCAGAGGUAGUGAAUAAAAAAGCGCAUAAUAAUGAAUACUGCACAAUGGAGGACAAUACUACACAGCAUAAAGAUAAUGGCAUUAGUCUAAAACAGCAAAGCCCUGAGCAAUGCUUGUAAAUCUAUGAGACAUAAGAUCUCUGCGUUGUUUCAUAUGGUAAUAAGCUGUUUAUCCAUGUAUUUUUCAUAAUGAUAGAUGGAUAUAGACUAUUAUAUGAGCAGUUCAAGAAUAAAUUACCUGUUUGUAUUGAAUGUGAAUAGUUUAGGGUUGUGGGUUUUCUUGCUUGGCUUUUCUGAGAUCUGAAGUUUAUUUUUAACACUGGCUUCUUAUCACAAACUGCAGCCAUACAGCCCAAUAUCAGCAGAUCAAACAAGUUCAACAUAGUCAGAUCCAGUCAAUACUUCGAUGAGCAAUUUCCAAGGUAAUUCAAGGAUGCGUUAGGAAACUACUCCAUAUCAGUAUUCCUCUCUUGACGGCAUUGCACAAGCAUCUCCCAUGCUGUUGGGGAGUUUACUUGAUACACAGACCUUCCUCCUCAUCCUAAAUUGUCCUUUGUCGUUGCCAUGCUGUUAAACGCCUUCCACAUUCCCUUGCAAGUGGAGCAUUUGUCAGUGUGUAUGCAGUCUGCCAUGAACCUUUUGGGAUGAAAGGUACCACAAGAGCAGUGGAGCCAGCUCGGAUGGUAUAUUUCAUAUUAGCUUUCUGCAUCCCUGAUUUUAGUAUACCGCAACAGAAAGUGGAUUUUCAUGCACCAUUUAGGUCAGCCUUUGACUGGAGAGUACAGAGCACUGUUUCCAUGUCAAAAGUUCUUAUGCAGAAUCGGGAGAAGUGCUGGCAUAUACUUGUCAGAAGGGCAAGAUACACCUGCAUUUCUGCUUUCAUCUUCUGUGAGAUAAAACAGAACGAUCAUGGCUGGUUUUUAUUCCUUCAUAAACUGUGAUUUAAUUGGCUUAUUGGACUUAACUGAGAGCUGUACCCUGACAUUGCAUCUGGAGUUUUCUGUUUGCUUUUACUGUAAGCCAGUUGACGUAACAUUUCUUGAUCCGACUGAACACAUAAGGUGAAAUCUCACACUGUGUAGACUUCUGUUUCUUCUCAGUUUUGUGUAACAGCUACACUUCUACCUCUCUUGGAGAAAAUGUAGGGGAAAUCCAUAUAUGAGGACUGAAUAUUAUAAUAGCUAAGAGCUAUGAUAAAGAAUACCAGCUCACUUGUAAUCAUCAAGCUGUAAGAUAGCUUCAACACGAAAUGAAACAAGUGGCUAUCAAACCUAUUGCCAGAGGAAAAUACAGAUUAAAUACAAAUAAACACAAAGACAAAUGAAAGAUAUGAGUAGGCUUGUAUAAUAAGAAAGAGGGACCCCAACAAGCCAAGUAGCUUCUUUACUCUUUAAUGCCAUGCUCCAAAGACAAAUAUUACAGCUAAUUUUUCUAAGAGAAAGUCAUGCUUUUCUUCACGAAAUCACAGAAUGGUUGGGGUUGGAAGGGACCUGUUGAGAUCAUCUAGUCCAACCCAGCAGGAGGUUCACCUAGAGUACAUUGCAUAGGAAUGUGGGCAGGUGGGUUUUGAGUGUCUUCAGAGAAGGAGACUCCACAACCUCUCUGGGCAGCCUGGUCCAGUGCUCUGGCACCCUCAAGGUAAAGAAGUUUCUCCUCAUAUUCAGAUGGAACCUCCUGUGCUUCAGUCUGUGCCCAUUGCCCCUCACCCUAUCGUUGAGCACAACUGGAAAGAAUUUGUUCCCUCCUCUUGACGGCCAGCCUUGAGAUAUUUAUAAACAUUGAUGAGAUCCCAUCUCAGCCUUCUCCAGGCUGAACAGACCCAGCUCUCUCAGUUUCUCCUCAUAAGAAAGGUGCUUUAGGCCCCUAAUCAUCUUCGUAGCCCACCGCUGGACUACCUCCAGUAAUUCCUUGUCCUUCUUAAACUGGGGAGCCCAGAACUGGAUGCGGUACUCCAGAUGAGGCCUCACCAGGUCAGAGUAGAGGGAGGGGAUCACCUCCCUCAACUGGUUGGUUACACUCUUCUUAAUGCACCCCAGGAUACCAUUGGCCUUCUUGGCCACGAGAGCACAUUGUUGACUCAUGGCCAACCUGUUGUCAACCAGAACUCCCCAGUUCUUCUCCGCAGUGCUGCUUUCCAGCAGGUCUGCCCCUACCCUGUCCUGGUGCCUGGGGUUAUUCCUCCCCAGGUGCAGGACCCUACACUUGUCCUUGUUGAACUUCAUCAGGUUCUUCUCUGCCCAGUCCUCCAGCCUGUCCAGGUCUCGCUGAAUGGCAGCACAGCCUUCUGGUGUGUCAGCCCUUCCUUCUGCUUUGGAAAAAGAAAUAUUUUCCUAAACUUUCUGGGUACAUUGUAAUAUGCACUUUUGCAUUAUUUCGUUCCUCUGGUGCUACAUGAGGAUGCUCAUUUCUAAAACCUCUAAAGCAUAGACAGUUUGCCUACAACAUUUAAAUUCAGAUUGAAGUAAGAAAGUCCAAUUUGUACAAGCUUGGAGAGGUUUUGUUAAUACCAAGCAUAUCUGAAUAUGCCUGUCUUCGCACCUUUGCAGGAUUUCACAUUGCCUGAUAUAAUGUUCGUCAUGGUUUUAAUUUUUCCUCAAAAUGGAUCUCUUUUAUGUCUGCUAUUUACCAUCCUUGCCAGAGUCGUUGAGCACAAGAAAUUCAGUAUAUACAAGAUGCAGGAACUGCUUUCUUCCUUGCACUCAUGUAACAGGUAAUGGAUGGUUUUAAGAAAGGAUCUUUACUCUGUGCUUUACCUAUUCAUGUGUAGGAUUUUGAUUUCAUUUGAAAUGAAAGGCGUAAACCUCAGGUCUGAAAACUAAUAGAAUUUCUGCAUUUACCUGCUGAUCCAUAGCCUUUAGGUUAGAUUGUGUGUCAGCCAGCCGUCGGCUUGUUGAAUGAAGCAAUACUUUAAAACUAAUAUGAAAAGAUUUCUGUUAUAUGUAGCCUGACACCAGAUAUGAAGGCAGAUUUCUGGUGGCUUAUUAUUGGAAAUAUUUUCCAGUGUGUCUGAUAAGCAAGACUGAACAAGCCGUAGGAAGUAGACCUAAUCAGAUAAUGCUGACUUGCAGAGCAGAAAAAAAGAGAAGUAAUGUAUUUUGCCUAAGUGCUAUGCCUUCUCUUGUCAAAUCUGAGGACAAAAUGGCUAGUGGAGUGGCAAAAGGCACCACAGAGAUCGAGGGGUAAAACUGCUGGUUUGUGAAUGUGGCUGUUGCAUCUAUUUACUUGUAUAUAUUCAUUGUAUGUACUACAGAACGUUUAUAUCUAAGUGCCUGAGUUGGAGCUCUGGAGAUGGGGUAUAUAAAAAAGACAGGGACAACAUCAAACUGGAUCAGCUAUUCAUUUUUCAGUAAGUCUAGGUAUGUUUUUGAAACUUCAAAGGGAUUUAAGAUAGAGAGUUGUGAGGAGGGUCCUCGUGAAGGAUCAAAUGCUGUGUUCUGCUCAGACUGUCAGUCCAUGAGCAUCCUUCGUAGAAAUACAUUUGAACACUGGGGAUAUUCACAGGACGAGCAAAUUCUCAAUAUGAUCUAAGGAGCAUUCAUGACGUUGCAGGGUGGACGACGAAGGUCUUGUAGAAAUGCUUAAAAUGAGUUCCCAAAGAACUGAAGCAAAAAGAUUCGUUAUUUCCGUGCCUAGAUAAGAAGCGAUAGUUACCACAGACUGAUAUUUAACACAGCUUCAUAUUCUCUCAUCUCUUCAGAUUGCAUGCAGAUAGCGGAUUAUAUCAGCGGCACAUUAAUAUUGCAUAACAAAUGUUCACACUUUGACUUGUUGGCCUGGACACUUUUUCCUUUAAACUAUUGUUGGAAGUUCCCGUUAGUUGUAGGUUUUCCUGAAAACACCUCAGCUCUUGGCUUUGUACCUUACAGCAGAAAAGGAAUUUAAUUGCAUAAAAUGUAUUCUACACUGAUUUUUCCAAACAGCUAUUGUAACCUUAAAGUUUUAAUGGAUUGUCUCUGUAAAUUUAUUAACAUGUUGGGAGUAAACAUACUAUCUGAGGCUUCUGCUUUAUUUUUAUUAUUGUAUAUUUGGAAUUCAAAAUAAGGUUUAUUUUGAGAAGAAAAAUCAAUAAAUCAUUUCAGUUGUCCCACAUUUUCUAUAAGUAAUUUUAAUUAGUUUAAUGUCUUUUCUGGCAAAGGCUUAUCAGGCAAAUAGCAUGAAGAGAAAAAGAAAAAGCCUCAUAAAGAAUGAUGUUGUUUUGUAAAGCUAAUUGUGAUGCUAUCUCCAGUACUGUGUGUGAUUGAACUCUUAAUUUUUAAUCUGGUAUUCCUUCCAGCAAUGUAGUUACUAGUGUGAGCCGAGGUUCUCUGUGACAUUACUGUACAACAGAUUUUUUUGCAGCUUUAGAUUUUAUAAUUUGGUGCCAAAAAUAUGUAGUCUUGGGUCAUCUAUACUGUGACAAGCGGGCUGCAGUUUCUAGUUGUAAUGGACUAGUUUGUUUUAAUGUUUGAUGUGCAAAGCUUAUAGAGAAGAAUCCGGUUAAAGGUGAUGUCCUGAGCUUUGACGCCUGAGGAGCAGCAGCAGCCCCUCUGAUGUGUGCUGGCAGGUGCCUGCGGAGCUUCCCUGGCAGCACAGCUGAGCCUCCACGUUAUCACUGACGCUGGGAACCACUGAAAAGGUGAUGACACUGAGAGCAAUGUGUUAUGUGGAGGAGAAACCAGAGCUUUCAUUUAUAAAGCAAAGGACCACCGUCCCGCUUCAUGAAUGUGCUCUAGUGACUUUGGUUCACUGGAAAUAUCGAAUCCCUGAAGCUAAAUAAAUUCGUCACCAUACUUGGUAACUAGGCAUCAUGCUGACAGUGAGCUGGUGAGAUGAUCAGUCUGAUAAUUCUCGUGUUGACCAUUCUCAAAAAGCUGGAUUGUGGAAGACUUAGAAAAUUAACUGAUCUGUUACUUCCACUGAGAGCAGGGAAGCCAUAAAAAUUCUCUUUUAGAGCAUUUCACUGUCAUUUUAAUAAGCAUGGAGAUUUUUCCUCCCCGCUUCCAUUUGUAUGAACCUUUUGCAGUCUAUUCAAUGAAUAUGGGAAGGAAACAUCCUGAAAUUGUCUGUUGCUGAAGGAACUGUGCAGUGGGAUAGAAGGGAAUCUACUCUGAGCCACAGUUCCUCUUCCAAUGAGCUUCUCCGUGGCGUCUUCUGCUUUUCUAAAUUGUUUGCUGUAUCAUGCUUUUUUCUAAACGCUGCCAUCUGAGAGAAGAAAAUGCACCAUUCUUUGCCUGUUCUGCUGAAUGUGUCUAUCUGCAAUCAAGGUGGUGCCUUCAUUGCGGAUACUUGUGUCAAUGGCUUUAGGCACCUGGCCUUCCAAAGACCCUGCAGCACAGAUGUAGUGGCUCUUGGUGGACAGAAGGGGAAAGACAAAAGGUAGUCAUGCAAGUCCUGAGGAUUUGGGACCCUCUGUUUCAAGUGGGGGCUUUAAUUAGACCUCAGACUCUUCUGUCCAACGUACAUCAGUGAGGGGUGCCCAUCAGAAAGCCAGCUACUGUGUGAACAGAGCAAUGGAGAAGGUGGGGAAGAUUCAGUAGCUCAGAGACUGGGAGAAUUUGCUUCUAUCUAGAAAGCUGGACAGAUGUGAGUUAGUUAAGAAACCAGUGAAAGACUAGAGACGUUUGGAUACAAUAUAGAGAGUAAACAAGACCCUAAUAUUGAAAUUAAACCAUAACAUGUUACCUAUAAAUGUUUGUAUCUUUCAUUAAACUAUAUAGUUGGUUUGGGUUUGUUUUUUUUUUUUAAAAAAAAAAAAAAGGAAAGAGAAAUAUUUUGUUCCUUUUUUACUUUAAGGAAAAGUUAAUCUGGAGAAAGUCACAAUAGUAAAAGGGAAGGCAACAUCUGUGUUAAUUAGCAGUUCAUCUUCGAAGCUUGACUGAUGGGUUACAUUAUGGCCUCUUGCAUGUGAAUUAAAAUUCAAACCCACACAAGUUCUAUUUUUAUCUCCUUUUCUCCACAUCAGAAUAAUUUGUCUGGAUUUAAGAUUUCAUUUUUGCUGAAAAUAUUGAUGUUCCGUAAUCUAAAAUGAACUUUUGGUUUGUGUAGAGAAGAGCACUGUGGCUCCAGAUUCAGUUUCAUAGAAUGUGUCUUUAUAACACAAUGCAGCAUUGGAGGAAGUUUCUAUGGAGCAGUACUAAAAGGUCUUGCAUUUCUUUUAUUCUAUUCUGCUUGCUAUACUUCAUGCAGAGACUUUUGUGUGCAUGUUAAAUUACUCCAAAGGUUCUGUUUCUCGUGAUCGACAGCUAAGCUCUUUGGGGCAAGGACUGUCACAUGUGGGUAUACAGUGCCUUGCACAGCGAGGAUUUGCAGGGCUACCCUAGCCUAAAUAAUCAGUGAGUAAUUUAGCAACAAAUUAGGAUUUAAUUUUACAAUACCUGGAAACAUUCUUAUGGCUACCACAGCUGGGGAAACACAAGUCAUUGAUAGAGGGAUAGGCACCCGCGAAUGUCUUAUACGUGGGGUGCUCUUUUCUCAGUGAAUAAUUUUGUUUCGUAAAUGAAACUUCCCAUUAAUAUUAUGACUGGCCCUCUGUAAGUCCAUAAGCUUUUUUUGGAUGAGCAUUUAUCUUGGUGAAAAGCACAGUUCUCAGAUAAAUGCAAAAUGUAGGGAGAAAAAUGUAAUACUGCCUUCUUUUCCAUGUUACCAUCAAAAGAAGUAGUGAUGGGAUUGUAGGAAAUGUAAGAGGGGAUCAGCUAGAUGUACAUCAGUGUGGUUUCUGCCAGCUGAGUGUUCUGCCCACUCAAAUAAAUAGUUCGGGUACAGUCUCGUGAUAGGUGUUCUUUUCUUUUCACCAUAACAGUAAACCAAAAUACCUUUAUAAAAGCCUCUGCUCGUAUCCCAACGCCACAGACAUGCAAUGUGCGCCUUUAGAAAAUCAUCUCAUAUUUUUUGCUUUAAACAUAAAAAAAAAAAAAAAAAAAGAAAAUGUUUUUAUGACAAAUCCAAGCUGCUUUCAGACAAGAUUAGAUGAACUCUCUUUAGUAUCUUGCCUUGACAAGGUGAGAGCUAAUCAAGAAAUUACUUCUGUAUUCACCUACAAUAGAUUUCACUAAAAUAUGCAGCUAGGAGUAGUAAGUGCCCUGUAAUACCAAAAGAAAAGGGUGGGAAAGCCUGCUUAAUUAAUUCUCUUUGGGGAUCCUGGAUUAACUGCAGCUCUGUUUAGUUUACAUCCUCCCUGGAGAAGAAUGUGCAGACCCAAGACAGCAAGUGUUGAUUUAAAUGUAGAUGCAGGAAAAAGUCACUGUUGUCUUUUUUCUUCCGCUUGGCACGCUUUCAAAUUUUGAUUCAUUUUUUGUUACAAAGUAUGAAAAUCUAAAUCCCGCUCUACCCCUUUUCGUGCUGUGGGAAAAUCUUGAGCCAGGGCUUAGUAAACUGGGCGCAGGUACUGGUGAAGAGGACAGCACAGAAAGCUGCCCCACAGAGACCUGUGGCACAGGUUGUGAAACCUGUGUCAAGGUUUCAGCCGUCACUCCCUUUGUCAGAGCCAUCGGGGACUGCAGUAAGUCUGACCUAUUAGUAGUAUCACAGUAUCACAGUAUGUUUGGGAUUGGAAGGGACCUCAAAAGAUCAUCCAGUCCAAUCCCCCUGCUGGAGCAGGAACGCCCAGGUGAGGUCGCACAGGAACAUGUCCAAGUGGGUUUUGAAUGUCUCCAAGGAAGAAAACUCCACAACCCCCCUGGGCAGCCUCGUCUAGGCUCUGUCACCCUCACUGAGAAGAAGUUUCUUCUCAUAUUUAAAUGGAACCUCUUGUGUUCCAGUUUGAACCCAUUACCCAUUGUCCUGUCACUGAGAAGAACCUGGCUCCAUCCUCCUGACACUCACCCUUUAGAUAUCUGUAAACAUUAAUGAGGUCACCCCUCAGUCUCCUCUUGUCCAGCUCCAGAGCCCCAGCUCCCUCAGCCUUUCCUCACACGGGAGAUGCUCCACUCCCUUCAGCAUCUUGGUGGCUGCGCUGGACUCUCUCCAGCAGUUCCCUGUCCUGCUGGAACUGAGGGGCCACAACUGGACACAAUAUUCCAGGUGUGGUCUCCCCAGGGCAGAGCAGAGGGGCAGGAGAACCUCUCUGACCUACUGACCACCCCCCUUCUAACCCACCCCAGGUACCAUUGGCCUUCCUGGCCACAAGGGCCCAGUGCUGGCUCAUGGUCACCCUGCUGUCCCCAGGACCCCCAGGUCCCUUUCCCCUACACUGCUCUCUAAUAGGUCAUUCCCCAACUUACACUGGAACCUGGGGUUGUUCCUGCCCAGAUGCAGGACUCUACACUUGCCCUUGUUAUAUUUCAUUAAUUUU